AGACAUGUAGAGGUAAAUAGAUCAUCGUGACUCACAUCAUCUUCGCUGCUGCACUGAACGACAUAUCAUUUCCUCACAAACACAGUCGUGAUGGGGUUUUACAGAAGACGGUCUUCCGUUUCGAAGGAUUUCAUCCAUCCCCGUUUACUCUGCCUUAUGUGUUUUUCUGUAAUUUGUCUGGCGGAGAACACUGAGAUGGUGAAUGCGGUGACAGAAAUGAAAGCAGAGGAGAGCCACCGGCAGGACAGUGCCAAUCUGCUCAUCUUCAUCAUGUUACUUACACUCACUAUUCUUACCAUAUGGCUGUUUAAACACCGUCGCUUCAGGUUCAUUCACGAGACGGGUCUGGCUAUGAUCUACGGCUUGUUCGUGGGUGUGAUUCUGCGCUUUGGAGUCAAUUCACCACAAGACUUAAAUGAUGUUACAUUGAAUUGUGCAGUGAACAGUAGCCCCACCACACUGCUGGUGAACGUAAGCGGCCGUUUCUACGAGUACAGUCUGAAAGGAGAGGUCAGGGAUAGCAAGGGCCAUGAAGUACCAAACGCAGAGAUGCUCAGGAAGGUUACUUUUGAUCCAGAGGUUUUCUUCAACAUUUUGCUUCCACCCAUCAUCUUUCAUGCAGGAUUCAGCCUCAAACGAAGACAUUUUUUCAGAAAUCUGGGCUCUAUCCUCUCCUAUGCCUUUGUGGGCACGCUGACAUCAUGCUUUGUUACAGGUUUGGUGAUGUACGGCUGUGUUGUGUUUAUGAAAUUGAUUGGUCAGCUUGGAGGGGAUUUUUUCUUCACUGACUGCCUGUUCUUCGGUGCUAUUGUCUCUGCGACAGACCCAGUGACCGUUCUGGCCAUUUUCAAUGAGCUGAAAGUUGAUGUGGAUCUCUACGCACUGAUGUUUGGAGAGAGCGUUCUCAAUGAUGCGGUGGCCAUCGUCCUGUCAUCGUCUAUAGUGGCAUACCAGCCCGAGGGAGACAAUCGUCACACGUUUGAUGUCAUUGCCCUGCUCAGGUCUCUGGGUGUCUUUCUGGGUUUUUUCAGUGGGUCUUUUGCAAUGGGGGCUGCGACUGGAGUCAUGACAGCUCUGGUCACAAAGUUCACGAAACUGAGAGAUUUCCCCUUGCUGGAAACAGCCCUGUUCUUCCUCAUGUCCUGGAGUACUUUCCUAUUGGCUGAGGCCUGUGGCUUCACUGGUGUGGUGGCUGUGCUCUUCUGUGGCAUUACUCAGGCUCACUACACAUACAACAAUCUUUCUGCUGAAUCUAAGACAAGAACUAAAGAGUUGUUUGAGCUGCUGAAUUUCCUGGCGGAAAACUUCAUCUUUUCAUACAUGGGCUUGACACUUUUCUCAUUCCAUCACCAUGUGUUCAGUCCAGUCUUCAUUGUAGGUGCUUUUCUUGCCAUAUUUCUUGGCAGGGCAGCUAAUAUCUACCCCUUGUCCUUCCUGUUAAACCUGGGCCGCAAGAACAAAAUCGCAUACAAUUUCCAACAUGUCAUGAUGUUUUCAGGGCUUCGAGGAGCCAUGACCUUUGCCCUCUCAAUCAGGGACACAGCGACAUAUGCCAGGCAGAUGAUGUUCUCCACCACCCUACUCAUCGUUUUCUCCACUGUGUGGGUGUGUGGAGGCGGGACCACCCCCUUGCUUUCAGUAAUGCAGAUCAAAGUGGGAGUGGACACAGACCAAGAGAAUGUAGUCACAGGACCAGAUGGAUUACCACAAAGAAGCACCAAGCAUGAAAGUGCCUGGCCGUUCAGACUGUGGUACACAUUUGACCACAAUUAUUUAAAGCCAUUCCUCACUCACAGUGGGCCUCCACUCACUAACACUCUGCCAGCCUGCUGUGGUCCAAUAGCACGCUGUCUGACCAGCUCACAGGCCUGUGAGAAUGCAGGUCAGCUGAAUGACGAGGACACAGAGCUGAUUUUAAAUGACGGAUGUAAUUUGAUGUAUGGUGACAUGACGGUUAGCACGGAUGCCCAUGGCAUGCCCACCACCUCCACAAACCAGGCUGGUCUCUACUCACUCCCAGGAACCUCAGACGAUCCUCUCGACCGGGAACUUGCAUUUGGAGGCACUCGCCUGGUUCUCCCCACCGAUGAGCCUCUUGAUCCCCUGACAUCUUUCCCUCCUCCACCUUCCCCACCUUUGUCAGACCCCCUACGCCACAGAGUUUGAGCCUGUGUCUGCUGGACAGCUGCCAAACUCCUGCCCUAGCACUCUCUUCCACAUUUGAUCAGUUAUUUAUGCUUUUAUUGGUUUAUUUAUUAUUUUGUGCCAUAUAUAUAUAUAUUUAUUUAUAUGUCUGGUGGACACACUGUAGUUGUGGUGGCUAAUCCUAGCUUUUCUCUUCCUAAUUAAAAAAAUAUAAAACAAUCGUUCAAGUAUGCCAAAAAAGAUUCAAAAAGAUCUAUGAGAACUGUAUUGAUGGAGUAGCUCAGACUGAAGCUCUGCGUCUUGUUGUGAAUGCAAUGAUGUGUCUGUCUGGUUUUAACAGUGUCAAAUAAUACCUAACUUGUGAACCUCUAUAAAUAAGUGCCUAAUGUCCAGUUUCCUGGUGUUUGUAUUGUGCAAUGUGACAUAGCAUUCCUCAUUAAUAUUUGCUCAUGAAAAAUAGAUUUUCUAACUGUUCCACAUCCAUUGACUAAGAUUUUAUGUACUUUUUUAGCCAGUGUUGUAAAUUACUUGUACGUAAAUAUACAAAUUAUAACAUAAUAAAUACAUUUUUACUGACUGAAAUCUGUUCACAACACUAGACUGUUAUUUAAGGGUUUAAGGGUGUAUUUCCAUGAAGCGCUUCUACGGGUGCAGAGCCAACAAAUGUGCCUCUGAAAAGA